AGGCAUCCAGGAAUUGGAUUGGAUCACUUUCCACCAAGCGAUGGCCGCAGUCACAAGUGAAUUCCCCAGCAAACCGAUCAGUUAUACCAGCACCAAUACUUCUGCCAAAACCUAUUAUCUUAAGUCCGUGAAAAAGCGGGUGACCACGUGUUUCCAGCAGCUGCGCGAAAAACUCCAGGCAUCCGGUUCCUUUCGCAAGAGCUCUACCAGCCGCCUCUACAAGAUCUUCGUAAAGGCCGAUUUCGCCGCCUGCGGUGAACGCUUUCAAAGGAUCUUCAAAUCAGCGCGAAAAACCGAAUCGCCGGAGUUGUGGAAGGUGCCAUUGGCCCAUGACCUCACCACCACCAGCCGGCAGAGCAGCCAGCAGUUGCGAAUCGUAGCCAGACUCUUCUCAUCCACUCAGAUUUCCACCAGGGAAAUCACCUACACCAACAGCAACAACAGCAGCUAUAGCUUCAGGAGGCGGAAAAGCGAGAGCCACCGGAGCAAUAUGACCAUCAUCGAGAGCAACUAUAUAGGCGUGCGCGAGGAUUAUCCCGAUAUAGAUACCGAGGUGCGCGCCAUAUUGCUGAGCCACGCCCAGAAUGGAAUCACGAUAUCGAACAUCAAGAGUGAAUAUCGAAAACUGACGGGCAAUACAUUUCCACUGCACGACAACGUGACGGACUUCCUGCUGACCAUUCCCAAUGUGACCGCCGAGUGCAGCGAGUCCGGGAAGCGGAUCUUCAACCUGAAGGCGAACCUGAAGAACCGUCACCUCCUGGACAUGGUUCUCAACCAGAAGCAGCGCACCGGCACAGCCAACGGCACCAGCGACUACAGCAGCGGAGCUCAGUCCGUGGAGAACAUGCCCCGGGCACCACCACGCUACUGGAAGAAUUCCUUCAAGCGUAGGGCUCUGUCCCAGCUGAACGACAACCUGAACACCGUGCCCAAGCUUACGGAUGAACAGACCAAGGAGAGCGCCACCAGACAACCGGCUUCGCUGCACCAAAUGGCCAAUGAGGCAGCGGAGUCGAACUGGUGCUACCAGGAUAAUUGGAAGCAUCUAAACAACUUCUACCAGCAAUCCAGCGUAAAUGCGCCCAAAAUGCCAGUACCCGUCAACAUCUACAGCGAUGCCCCGGAGGAACGAAUCCAUUUGGAUGCACCUGGGCAUCAGCCAAGCUGCAGAACCCAAAACCAGAAAACCCAACAGACGACUGAGAACCGCCACUUGGGCAUCUUUGUGCAUCCAUUCAACGAUAUGAACGUAAUGAAGAGACGCCACGAAAUGACGCCCACGCCCACGAUUUUAACCAGUGGAACCUACAGCGAUUCUCUGCUGACGAUUAACUCCGAUUACGAUGCCUAUCUGUUGGACUUUCCGCUUAUGGGCGAUGAUUUUAUGCUAUAUCUCGCCCGAAUGGAGCUAAAGUGCCGAUUUAGACGGCACGAGCGAGUCCUUCAGUCAGGACUUUGUGUAUCCGGACUGACGAUCAAUGGUGCCCGAAAUCGUUUGAAAAGAGUGCAACUACCGGAGGGUACGCAGAUCAUCGUCAAUAUCGGAUCGGUGGACAUUAUGCGGGGCAAGCCUUUGGUUCAGAUCGAACACGAUUUUCGGCUGCUGAUCAAGGAAAUGCACAAUAUGCGACUUGUGCCGAUCCUCACAAAUCUGGCACCGCUGGCCAACUAUUGCCACGAUAAGGUAUUGUGUGAUAAGAUCCACCGAUUCAACAAGUUUAUCCGAAGCGAGUGCUGCCACCUAAAAGUCAUCGACAUACACUCCUGCCUGAUUAACGAACGGGGUGUUGUGCGAUUUGAUUGUUUUCAGAGCUCACCACGCCAAGUCAGCGGUUCCAAGGAACCCUAUCUUUUCUGGAACAAAAUCGGUCGGCAGCGCGUGCUGCAAGUUAUUGAAACGAGUCUGGAGUAUUAAGUUGGGUUCUUAAUCAAGAUAUAUACACAUUUUGACUGGGCUGGCUCCGGAACCAACGAUUAGGAACUUGAUGAUUUUACCAUUUACGCUGAUGGAUCGCUUACGCUUUUACGGAAUUCGCUUAGUUUUAAUAUGUUUUAUAUGUAUGUCCCCUGUCUUCGUUUAUAUGUUCGUGCGCUUGUCCUAGUCCAUUAUUGUAUAUUACUGUGUGUUUUGUGUUCUUUGUUAGCUUUUAACUCCUUUAAUUUUUCGCUGCCUGUGAUUUAUUUUGCCAAUGCAAUUGAUUUUGUGCUCACUUUUUGCUGCUAUCCCAAAAGCUGUGUAAAAUAAUCAAAUGCAAAACAAGUGCAAGCAGCUUAAAACUUUUCCUAAAACUUUUCCGCUUUUCCCAAAACCAUUUUGCCUUGAGAUCUGCUUUCACCAAAUCAGAUUACAAUGCGAAAUGGAAUUUAAAUGCAAAUCAUUGCAAUGCUUAUAAACUGUUUUUUGUUCUAUAUAUUUUUUGUGGGCCAAAAUGCGUCAUGCUCCUGUAUCGCAACCUGCCACUUCCAACUUUAGUUUGAGGGCGGAGUGGGCGCGGUCCGUAUACAUAUGAGCCAUGCUGGAUUUUGGCCGUAAUGAAAAUGCACUUGCUUUACUUGGAAAAUUCGCUUGCACAGAAUCAACGCCGCGGCUGAUUUAUUAUUAAUGUGCUCAAGCAAAUUCAAGUGAAGCAUUUGCGCGAUUUUCGUCUUCCUGUUUCCGUUUGCAAAAAAGUUUAUAAAAAGCUUACACUCUGCUGCAGACACGCCACCGGAAGUGCGCACUAAGCGCUUGUUUGUAGCACAGUGUAGAAUUCUGAUGUAAUUUACAGCUCUACUUUAAAGUCUUCUAGAUAGCUAUCUACUAUUUAUAAACUUAUUUAUUGUCUUGAAUGUAUGUUAAUUGUAUGUAUUGAUGGUGAUCACGUUUUUUUUGUCCUAUAACAAGCUGCAAUGUAAAAUCCAAAAAAAAAUGAAAAAAUAAUAAAUUAAAGGGAAAACUA